AUCUUUACAGAAUAAAUAAUACAGGAAAAAGAGAGAGAUUUUCACUCUCCAAGUCCAAGCCCGCUUCUUUCACUUCAAAACCCUAUUUCAAGAUCUCCCUGUUUUAUUCUCUGGGCUAUUUAAGCAAACAGAGAAAAAACAAAACAAAAAAAAAAUAAAAAAACACAAAAACCUCACAAACCAAAACUUCCACACGCACGUCCUUCUCCUUUUUAUGUCUUUCUUGAAGUUAUUGUAAACCACCAACACCAACCAGGGAAAAAACCCUAAAAAAACCACCAUGGAUACUCAUGAGAUAACUAACAUACUGUUAACUAAACUCAAGAGUUUAGAUCCAGAAAACGCUGCUAGAAUUAUGGGUUUUAUUCUCAUACAAGUCCCUUCUGAAAAAGAUUUGUUACGUUUAGCCUUUGGCCCUGAAACCCUUUUGCAAAAUGUAGUCUUUAAGGCCAAAAUCCACUUUGGACUCUCUACAAACACGUUUUCUACACCUUCUACACCAUCUUCUCCGUUGCCUCUCAAUCCCAUAGCAAGGCCUUGUAAUAACACCAAUCCCUUUUCACAAUCCUCUCCAAGAGUCACAAAUAAUGGUUCUUUCCUUGAUUUUGGAAAAAACGCGCCUCCAAAUCCCUGGCCUGCUCAUGGGUUGCCAAAUAAUAGUGACACUAACACUUCAAUUAGCCCAAAGUCCAGUCCUUUUUUGUCCUAUGAUAAUAUACGUUUUGGGUCUGUUUUAGUGCCACCAUUCUCGAGGAAUGGUAGCAAUGACGGUGGUGAUUGCAGUAAUAAUAGUGUUGACUUCCCUGAUGAGUAUCAAUUAGAUGAUUAUCUUUCGUUUCUUGACGACCCCUCUUCAAAAAAUGAGGGCUUUAUGGACCAAAGAGCUCAAUUGGGUGGUUAUCCGGUUGAUAAUGGAGAUAGCCAUUUGCAUAGAAGGAGAUUUUCAGAGAGUGAUGCGUGUUUUGGCGCUGAAGAUGGGGGGUUUGGUCUUGGGUAUAAGCCUUGUCUGUAUUUUGCUAGAGGUUUUUGCAAGAAUGGAGAAAGUUGCAAGUUUGUUCAUGGUGGUGAAAAUAUGGCUGAGGUUAAUGGUGGUGGGGUUCUUUUGGGUUUACCAAGGGGAAUGGAGGAACUUUAUUUGCAGCAGCAAGAGGAGUUGAUGAGAAUGAAGGCUGCACAGCAACAGCAGCAGCAAAGGCUGGCUUAUAACAAGUACAUGAAUUUUCUGUUGCAGCAACAGAAUAAAACCGAUAGAUUGGGGGCAGCAGCAGCUAUGAUGGGUGACGAAUUUUACAAUUUCAGUCGGCUCCGUGGUGGAAGGAAUGACUUUUUUGCAACGGGAAUGGCUGAAAAGGCAAAUUCAGCAUCCAGACAGAUAUACUUGACAUUCCCGGCUGACAGCUCUUUCAAAGAUGAAGAUGUUUCGAAUUAUUUCUGUUCUUUUGGACCAGUUCAAGAUGUUAGGAUUCCAUACCAGCAGAAGCGGAUGUUUGGAUUUGUUACAUUUGUCCACCCAGAGACUGUGAAGGAAAUAUUGGCAAAGGGAAAUCCUCAUUAUAUCUGCGAGUCACGUGUGCUUGUCAAGCCAUACAAAGAGAAAGGAAAAGUAGCAAACAAGAUGCAACAGUUACUGGAGAGGGGGAAUUUUUCACCUACUUCAAGCCCUUCAGGUUUUGAUCCUAGAGAGCUACGUGAUCUUCACCUUGGAGCAAGAAUGCUUUACAAUACACCUGAAAUUAUGCUGAGAAGGAAAUUGGAGGAGCAGGCAGAGCUGCAGCAAGCUAUUGAACUCCAGGGAAGAAGGUUAAUUAAUCUGCAACUUCCAGACUUGAGGGGAGAUUAUGUACAUCGUCACCAGCGUAGUCUGUCUGUUGGUGCUCCCAUUUCCAUGCACGCUCAUCAUACUCCCAUCAAUCAAGCUGACAUUCUUACCUCCAAUGGCAAGAACGAGAUCACAUUAGAAGACAAAGGGAAUUUAUCAGGUGCCACUAAAUCUACUUAUAUUGCUGCCAUUGAACAGAAUCUUCAGGAUGAAGUGAGUGCAGCUUACAUUCAGAACAAUGACAAUGUUAAUUGCAAGGUGGAGAGCUUCACUGAAAGCCGUGGAAGCAACGUGGAACCCGAUAACCUCACAAAAUCAUCUGAGAAUCAGCACCCUGAUUUGUGCCCUUAUGCCAAAGCUAAAGAAAGCAAUGAGUUAUCUGUCUCGUCAUGGUCUGAAAUUGAUGCAUCAGUGCCCGCCACUUCUACCAGUGACGAGGCUUCUCAUUGAGUUCCAAUGCCAAGCUAAUGUUUUGGAGGUAAUAAAGGUUAGUGUGGUCAAAGAGACCAACUUUACUAGGAAAAAUAGAGAAGCACAUAGAAGGAACUGUAGAUGUAUAGCCUAUAUGAUUGAUACCUGCACUUAAUGGUAGAAUCGCAGAGAUUACCUCAGCUAGAUAGCCAUCCUUGUCACCAAUACGAUACUUACUAACAGCAACUGCAUGUUACAUACGUAGUGGACAGACAAACUAGUUUUAGUAGGGUUUUCUCUUUGCUACUUGCCCUUUUGUAGGUCAUGUGCAGGACCACAGACUAUAUAGCUGGACUUUAAAUAUCAUGCCUCUUUGUUAUAAUGACAAUUAUACAUGUUUACAAUCGUUUACCAUCCU